GCACCGGAUCCGGAGAGCUAGCUAGCUAGAGGGUGACGUCUAAAGGCGUGGCUCAAAUAAAAUGGCUGCCAAAGCAACUGACUAUCAACCAGCGGAAAGAUGGGGUCAUUACCCUGUAAAGGUAGGAGACUACCUGUACAUGUGGGGUGGGUACCCGCCUGAUCUCCCUCAAGUACAUAAUAAUGAAGUGAAGAAAUCAAUGUGUUCCGUGAUGGAGGUGUGUGACCUAAGGACUGGUAUUUGGGAGCAGAAACCCACCACUGGUGACCCUCCGCUGGGUGUUAUUUAUUAUGCAGCUGCUGCCAUUGGAAGGGAAAUAUUUUAUUUUGGCGGCUAUUGUAAUCAUGACAACUGCUGUCAUAAUAGUUUGUACAGUUUUAAUGUUGAUACCUUUAACUGGAAGGAACUCUCUCCUACUACAUCUCGUCAUGGUCCUAUGAAGAAGAGCUACUGUGACAUGAUAGCAAUAAAAGUAAACGGUAAGGACUAUCUUGUAGUAAUUGGAGGAGCUGGACCACUUUCUAAUAAUACACCAAAACAACCUGGUGCCCAGUACAGUAGUGAAAGAUGCAAUGAGAUCCAUUUCUAUAAACUCUCAACAGGACAAUGGAUAUCACCAACUGUCACUGGAGAUAGACCACCUCCUAUUUAUGACUUCACUUUAACAUCAAUUAAUAAUUCCAGUGCUAUAUUAUUUGGAGGUGGCACUGCUAAUGGAUCUAGUAACAAUGUAUAUAUUCUUAAUUUUACUGAUAAAUUAGCGAAUUGUUCCAAGUUAUCUAAUCCUGGAGGAUCAGUACAAUGGCCUAAGGAA